AUGAUGAAGAUGAUUAUCAUGUUGACCUUGGCGAUGAAGAAGAUAAUCAGAACCAGAAUGUGGUUGAGUCAACUCAGCAAUCAAGUUGGACUAAUUAAAAUAUCCAAAACUUCAGGAACAGUGGGUGUAUUUGGGUCAACUGCAUAUGUUAUUCAAACAUCUUGGAUUCAAAGUGGGACAAUUUACAAUGAUGCUGACAUAUAUCUUCUUGAUGACCCUUUCAGUGGUUUAGAAGCACAUACAAAAGCAACUCUCUUUAAUGUUAUGAAAGACGGUCAAGUUACACAAUCAGAAAAGUAUGAGAAGCUCUUGAUGGCAGGAACUGCAUUUGAAGAGCUUGUGAAUGCUCAUAAAGAUGUCAUUACAGGCAACAACAAGUUAUUGGCUAGCUGGAGUGCUGGGCAAAGACAACUCUUCUGUCUUGGAGGAGUUUUACUCAGAAGAAACAAAAUCCUAGUGCUGGAUGAAGCCACUAUACGUGAAGCUGAUAUAUCCCGGUUGUCAUUUGCAGUUGAGCUUGCUGAAGAGUUCUAUGGAAGAGUCAAGAAUCAUAAUGUGGAGUUUGCCACUUACUUCAAGUAUUGUAGAUCUUUAACAUUUGAUCAAAAACCUAAUUAUGGAUUCUUGAAGCGCCUUUUUCGUGACUUACUUACGCGAGAAGGAUUUGAUUUUUAUUACGUAUUUGAUUGGGUAAUCAUAAAGCAUCAUCAGUCAGAAAAGAAUAAACCACAUAUGGUUAACCGCAGUUGAGUCGCCUCUUCAAACUUUGAAGCUAUCUUGGAUCGAUGGUUGGGCAUUUAUUGCAUUUGUAACCUUAGGGUGUCUGCAAUAGAAAUGUUUGAGGUAUAUUCACUGAUGUUUUUUUCAUAAAAAAUUCAGACCAUUGUUGUGGUUGUCAAUCUCAAACUCGUUCUUAUUUAAUAAUACUGAUCCCUAUUGCAAGAGAAUUUUAAUGUUUACGUACUCCAUGAUCA